AUGCUCGAACUCGCCAGAUCGCCCUCGUCGCCUCCCUCGCUCCUCAACAACGUUCUCUACCUCUUGUCCAUCGUCGCGCCCAACGUAUCCUCAGGUAUUACCCGUGCAAAGCUGAGCACUAUCGUACCCGCCGUCGGCAAGCUGCUCAGCUCGCCGCACCCGUCCACCUUCAACGUCAACGACACCUCGGCCGCAGAAAACUACGCUUCGGCGCUCAAAUCGGCGCUCGCCAUCCUUCAGGCCAUCUACACUGCCUUCGAGGCAGACGUAUCCAUGCUCGAAAAGGACGGUCCGUUGCGCUCAUGCUGGGCAGCUGCCCUCAACCUCUGCGCCGAUUCCCGCCCCAAAGUUCGAAGACGUGCACAGCUCCUCGUUACCACCAUCCUUCCCACCACAGCAGCCGCAUCCGUCAAGCCGUAUCACCCUUACCUCAAGAUCACCUUUGACUGGGUCAUCUCCACCUUGACCCAUGUCGCCGAUGCUGGCUCUGUCUCUGCCUCGACCGCCUUCAAGGACAAGCACAAGAAGAAGAAGGAUGACCCGCUUCACCCCAAAUACGACAAGAAGUCCGGCACUGCCAAGCAGGCGCAGGCCGCCGCCGCGCUCCGACAGAACCAGGGCGACACCGCUUCCGUCGGCAUCUGGGUGUGCGGCUUUGCCAAGCAGACCAUCAACAUCCUCCCCAUCGCCCAGGUCGACGACCUCGUCGCUGCGUUGCUCCGCUUACCAGGCAUUCAGAAUCCCUUCUUAACUGUAGCCGCUUUCGACGUCUUUGAGGCUUUCCUCAAGACUUGCCGACCCAGCAUCUCGUCCGGCGUCGCGCAAGCGGAUGCUCUCCUGAUCCAGUCGCACGUCACCUCGACUCCCAGCAGCAUCGGAGAAAAGACGCUCGCCAGCCUGCUGGAGUCGCUUCGUUCGCCUGCCUUUGUGCCAUCCAGCGCCGACGUUCAGCUGCUGCCUGCCUACCUUCGCGCGCUCGAGCACGCCAUGUCGGCCUACUCUCGUUUCGAACAAGGCGCGCCUGCUUGGCGUCUCGCUCCGCAGGUGUGGAACGACGUCUUUGCACUCUCCCUGUCGGCCAAGUCGGAUGCUUCGCGCACCGCCCCUGCUGUGCGCUCCGCGGGUCGAGACACUCUGAUCGCGCUCCUGCGCUACUGCGUGCCCGACGCUGCCGUCGCCGAUGCGCUCAAGGCGUCCUUUGCCAAGAAGAAGGCCGCCAACGCUCCCCUCCUCGACAUGAUCCAGUCGAUCGAAGACGCGCUCGGUAAGGACUCGCUCCAAUACAUGCACUCGCGCGCCGAGAUCCUCUCUGUGCUCGCCUCGCUCAUCGCACGCUUGCGAUACCACACCGUGCCCAAGACGCAGCCUCCUCACCCCGCCGCCGCUUCGCUCACCAUGCACAUCGUGCAGACCAUUGCACAGCUGCGCCAGGAGCCUACUUUUGAGCAUCGCGAGUACGCUGACACGGUCAUCGCCACCGCCGUCGAGGUCUGCGGCCCGCGUCUGCUCCUCGAAGCGCUGCCGCUCAACCUCUUUGGCGAGGCCGACGGCCCCGGCCGAGCUUGGCUCCUGCCGCUCAUCCGUACCAAGAUCAACAACACCGAGCUCAGCCACUUUACCGGCGAUCUCGUCGCGCUCUCGGAAAAGAUCUUCUACAAACGACAAGAGGCGGAAACCGAUGGACGUCCCGUCGAGGCAAAGAUGUACGAGGCGCUCACCGAGCAGAUCUGGGCGCUGUUCCCCGCGUAUUGCGCCAUGCCUCGCGACCUCAUCUCCGCCUUCACCCGACAAUUCGCCGAGCUGCUCACCAAUGUGCUGUAUACGCAAUCCAACCUGCGUCCCUCGAUCUGCCGCGGUCUCCAGGCUCUCGUCUACCGCAACGAGGCGCUCGUCUCGUCCGGCGCACCUUCCGACUCGCUCAAGCACGCCUUCGGCCUCGACCAGGCUGACGGCAAGGCCAACAUCGCCCACCUCUCGGCCAUCGCCCCCAACCUACUCGCCGUGCUCUUCAACGUCUUUUCGCAAUCGCCAGGAGAAGGCCGUGGCUUUGUGUACGACACGAUCGCCGCGUACCUGCGCGUCAUGUCGCCACAGGAUGUGCAAAACACCUACGUCAAAGUCAAGACGACGCUCGAGCAGGCGCUGCCCACCCUCUCCACCAAGCAGAAGCGCAACCAGAAGGAGAGCCUCAACGCACCUCCGCCUGUGCCCUACACCAUGCUCGACCUGCUCUCUGCGCUCAUCCCCCACCUCGACAAGAGUGCCCAGGGCUCGGCCUCCGACUUGUUUGCGCUCAUCUGCCAGGACAACGUGCUGCGCUCGCACGAUUCGACCGUGCAGAAGAAGAGCUACCGUAUCCUCAGUCGCUUGCUGGAAGGUGACGCUGGCAAGCAGAUUUUGCUCGUGUCUGGCGACGGCAAGGCCGCCAAUCGUGUCGGUGAAUUGCUCGAGAAGCUGCGCGACUCGACGGCCAGCGUUGCCCUCGGCGCCAAGCGCGACCGCGUCCUGCUUCUUGCCACGCUCGUGCCCAACAUCCCCUCGGACGAGCUUCACCACUUGCCCAGCAUCAUCCCCGAAGCCGUGCUCGCCACCAAGGAGGUCAACGCGCUGACGCGACAGAACGCGUACGAGCUGCUCGUCCAGAUGGGCAACAAGAUGGAGCAGGGCGGCGUCAUCAACCGUCAACUCGUCGACGGCCACGCUGCUGCUGCUGCCGCCGCCGCCGCUGAUGGCGAAGACGAAGACGAUAGCGAGAUGGCCGACGCCGGAGUCGUUUCGGCUUCGAUUGGCGAGUACCUCACCAUGGUCGCUGCCGGUCUCGCCGGCACUACGCCGCACAUGAUCAGCGCCACCAUCACCGCCCUCUCGAGGCUGGUGUACGAGUUCAAGGAGACGCUGGAACGCGAAGUGCUCGACGAGCUGCUCAGCACCAUCGAGGUGUAUCUCCAAUCGGCCAACCGCGAGAUUGUCAAGUCGGCCAUCGGCUUUGUCAAGGUGGCGAUCGUCGAUUUCAACACGGCGCUGAUCGACGCGCACCUGCCCAAGCUCAUCCCUGCGCUGCUCGGAUGGUCUACCGAGCACAAGCAGCAUUUCAAGGUCAAGGUUCGUCACAUCUUUGAGCGUCUGCUGCGUCGCUUCGGAUUCGAGCGCAUCUACCAACUCACGGACGAGGACAACCGCAAGCUGAUCAACAACAUCCGCAAGCGUAAGGAGCGAGCCAAGCGCAAGAGGGCCGAUGCUGCUGCCGAGCGCGAGGCUGGCGUUCCGGAGGACGAUGACGAGCCAGGACUUGCGCCUCGCAUUCUCAAGACCAAGGGCGGCAACGAUGCGUUCGAGGAGGUGGUGUACGGAUCCGAGUCGGACAUCUCGGACUCGGACGAGGACGGUGACGACGACGACGAUGGCGCCGCCGCCGCCGACGGACGCAAGGGAGGCACAGCAGCUGCUCUGGCUCGCAACCGCAACCGCAAGAAUGGCGGCGAUGGUGAGGAGAAAGGCGGCCGAGGCAACCGUCGUCGCGCCAAGCAGCAAGACGAGGCCUACAUCGAGAUGGACGAUGACGACGACGUGCCCAUGGAUCUGCUGGAUCGCAGCGCCACAGCGCGCAUCUCUUUGACCAACCCGAACGCCAAGAACGGCGCCAACGGCCGCAACAAGAAGCGACAACCUGGACAAGAGGCGAGCAAGUUUGCGCUGGACGAGGAGACCGGACGCAUGCUCAUCGACGACGACGACGCCCCCUCUGGCAAGCCAUCCGCCGCCAAUUCGAAGCGAGUCUCGUUUGCGACCAGUGGAGCCGACUCUGCGCCCGUCGACGUGGACGGCGCGGGCACAGCGUACAUCAACCAAGCGCGCGGCGUCGACGGCAUGGCCCAGGUACGCGGCGGAGCGGUCAAGUUCAACAAGAACAACAAGCGAACGCGCGAAGCCGAACGCGAGAUGGAGCUGGAGCAGAUGGCGGUGGAAGAGGCGCAGGAUCGAGCGCGACAGGUGCAGAGCGGCAAACAGGCGGCCGCACCGUCGGACCGAAAGAAGCGCGUCAAGGAGACGAUCGGUAAAGAGUUCCGGGCGAAGCGCGGUGGCGGUGAUGUGAUUCGCAACGGAAAGAGUCCGUACGCGUACGUGCCGUUGAGCGAGGUUGCGGGUAAGAAGGCGAAGAACAGCGAGAAUGUAUCGUACACGGGCAAGGGUGAUAAGAGUCGCAAGCAGCGUCGUUGA